AUGCAGCAGCAGUUUUCUGCUCUCAAAAGCAUUUGCAUCAAGGCCAGGAGAUUAAACGUGUGGGUUGGGAACUGCGGAGAGUGUGUUGUCUCGCUUGGGGCUCCCGGUGCCAGAGUUCCAGCUUUCAUCGCACAGGGUGAAAGAUUUUUCCUGGACGUCUCCGUCUAUGUGGCUACAGGCGUCAUGUUCAGUUCAUUAGUGCUGGUGUUGGGCUGCCUGCUGCAGAGCAAACUAGUGGCCACAGAGGGGCACCGUGGGCCCAACCGCCAUGUCUUCUAUGCAGUUCACAUGGAUGGAGGCAGCAGAGCCGCCAGAGCUUUGGCUGAGCAGCACAACCUGGAGUUCAUACAGCGGGUUGGCAGCAUUAAAGGUCUUUACACCCUGAAAGACAGCAGGGGGCGCCCAAACAGAACCUGCUUUGAGGACGGCCUGGCUGCUGCAGUGGGGGUUCACUGGGUUCAGAGGCAGUACUGUCAUCACAGAGAAAAGAGGGAUCUUCUGAGAGGACUUCAGCGCAGCACCACAAGCAGUUCCCAGAGGACAGAGUCUGUAGCUGACAACCCGCCCGAGGAGAGCAGGAGUGACCAGACCCUCACCUUCAACGACCCGCUUUGGCCCAUGCAGUGGGAACUGUUUGCGCAGGGCGAGUUCAACUCCAGCAGAUUUGACCUAAAUGUGAUGCCAGUUUGGAAGAACAACAUUACUGGAAACGGCGUCGUGGUCAGCAUCAUCGAUGAUGGAGUUGAUCAUACAAACAAAGAUCUUCAGAAAAAUUUUGAGGCCUUUGCCAGUUUUGACUUGCUUGCCUCUCAUGGUUUGUCUCAUGAUCCCAUGCCCACCAAAGAUGAGGAAAACAGUCAUGGAACCCGGUGUGCCGGCGAGGUUUCCAUGGAAGCCAACAACUCUUACUGUGGUGUUGGCAUUGCCUUCAAUGCUAGGAUCGGAGGAAUCCGCUUGUUGGAUGGGCCCGUCACGGACGCCAUGGAGGCCUCAGCCCUGACCUACAACAUCCACUUCAUCGACAUCUACGUCUGCAGCUGGGGCCCGAGGGACAACGGGGCGGAGAUGGACGGCCCUCACUUCUUGACAGAGCGAGCCCUGCGGCUAGGAGCUCACAAGGGUCGUGUCGGGAAGGGCAGCAUCUUCGUGUGGGCUGCAGGCAAUGGUGGAUUGUACGACGACCACUGUGGCGCAGACGGUUACAUCAACUCCAUCUACACCAUCGCCAUCGGAGCCAUCACUCAGAGCGGAAAGCCCGCCUAUUUUGGUGAAGCGUGUCCAGGAGUAAUGGCGGUCACUCCAGCAGGCGGCGGCUAUGGAGGCUAUCAGCCUCUGGUGACCCUGACCACCACAGGAGAUGGAUGUGUGACACACUUUCCAGGAACUUCCAGUGCUGCUCCGAUCGCUGCUGGGAUUCUGGCUCUUGCUUUGGAAGUGAAUCCUGCACUGACGUGGAGGGGAGUUCAGCAUCUGAUCGCUAACACGGCGAAGAUCCCCGACCCUGAAGAGCCGGGCUGGAGCAUCAAUGCGGCAGGGUACCACGUUCACCACAGGUAUGGCUUUGGGGUGCUGGACGCCGGGUUGAUGGUACAGCAGGCUGCACUCUUCCAAAAGGUCGGGCGACAGAGGACGUGCACACAAGAGGCUACAUUCGACUCACCCAGAAUCCUCUCUCCUGGAGACAGUGUGACCUUGAGAAUCCACUCAAAAGCCUGUCAGGGGACAUCCAACGAGAUCAGCUCUCUGGAGCAUGUGCAGGUGAGACUGAGUGUUUCCGCCAGGUGUCGUGGCGACCUCUCUGUAAGGCUGGAGUCUCCAGGCGGCACGGUGUCCAUGCUGUUGGAUUCACGGCCCAACGACGCCUCCACGGCCGGACUAAAUAACUGGACCCUGAUGACGGUGCACUGCUGGGGGGAGCAGCCAGGAGGCCUGUGGACGCUUCAGGUGACUGACCACAAAGGAGAAGUGUGGAGCUGCGCGAGGCAGCGUGGAGAGGAGACUCCUGGAGCUUUGCUCAGCGCCACCCUCAUUCUGUACGGCACCUACCACCCACAGCAGAGCUCGCCUGAGGGCCCCCUGCAGAGCAUUGUAUCCAUGGGGUCGCGCCACCCCAUCCCCGGCGGUGGGCUGUACCGGAGGGCCCGCCCGCCGCCUCCGUAUCUGCUUCAGUGGGUCUACCAAAUGGAAAGAGAUAGGAAAGUGCGGGCUGCUGACAUCAUCGUUCCAGCCAGACAGGAGAAGCUGGAGACUCCUGCUGAUCCAACGGCCAACUUCUUCAAACUUCUGACAUCAAGGGAAGCUUUGAAGCUCCGUCCAGCAUGUGCUCUACAGAGGUCUUCAGCAAGAUCAGGACCUGCCGCUGGAGAAGCCCCUCCUGAAGCCAGGCCUGUCAAGAGGGUGUGAACGGGGCGAGUGCAUCCUUACCAUCUCGUCUUCUCCGGGAGGAUACUGCGGUGAUGAAAAACCAGCUGUCAGACUCUUCAGUGGAGCUGGAUGCUGCGAGCAGAGAGGCAGCGGGGGGAGCUGGAAGCACAAACAUGAACCACGGUUAAAUAAAGACGCUUGUUCCCCUCAGUGCAGCAAGCCAAUUGAUCACAAAUCAA